AUGCAGAAAAAUAUUCAUAAUCUUGAUUUAAAUGAGCUUAAUUGUCAUAGUUACAACCUUCAACAAUGUCAAAAGUUGUUAAUAGAUGGUGGUGGUCUCACUGAUCAUUCAUGUUGUGAUAGUCUAAUCUUAAGAGGACCAAAAUCCAAAAGAAUUAAAAGAGAAGUACUAGGAGGACCUGAUCCUAUCCACAACUCAUCACCCAUAAAGAGAGAAGUACCAGGAGGACCUGAUCCUAUCCAUAACUCAUUGCUCAUGAAGAGAAGAGUAUCAGGAGGACCAGAUCCUAGCCAUCAUUCAUUGCCCAUAAAGAGGGAAGUACCAGGAAGACCAGAUCCUAGCCAUCACUCAUUGCCUAUAAAGAGAGAAGUACUAGGAGGACCAGAUCCUAUCCAUCACCCAUUUCCUGUGAAGAGAGAAGUACUAGGAGGACCAGAUCCUAGCCAUCACCCAUUUCCCGUGAAGAGAGAAGUACUAGGAGGACCAAACCCUAGCCACCACCCAUUUCCCCUGAAGAGAGAAGUACUAGGAGGAUCAAACCCUAGCCAUCACCCAUUUCCCAUGAAGAGAGAAGUACCAGAAGGAAAAAACCCUAGCGAUAACCCAUUGCCCAUGAAAAGAGAAGUACCAGGAGGACCAAACCCUAGCCAUAACCCAUUGCCGGUGAAGAGAGAAGUGCCGGGAGGACCAGACCCUAGCCUUCACCCAUUUCCCAUGAAGAAAGAAGUGUUGGGAGGACCAAACCCUAGCCAUCACCCAUUUCCCGUGAAGAGAGAAGUGACGGGAGGACCAAACCCUAGCCAUCACCCAUUGCCCAUGAAGAAAGAAGUGCCGGGAGGACCAGACCCUAGCCAUCACCCAUUUCCCGUGAAGAAAGAAGUGCCGGGAGGACCAGACCCUAGCCAUCACCCAUUGCCCGUGAAGAAAGAAGUGCUGAGAGGACCAGACCCUAGCCAUCACCCAUUUCCUGUGAAGAAAGAAGUGUCGGGAGGACCAGACCUUAGCCAUAACCCAUUGCCCGUGAAGAGAGAGGUACCAGAAGGACCAGACCCUAGCCAUAACCCAUUGCCCAUAAAAAGAGAAGUAUCAGGAGGACCAGACCCUAGCCAUCACCCAUUGCCCAUAAAAAGAGAAGUAUCAGGAGGACUAGACCCUAGCCAUCACCCAUUGCCCAUAAAGAGAAAAGUACCAGGAGGACCUGAUCCUAUCCACAACUCAUUCCAUAUCGAGAAAACGACAAUUGGGGUACUUGAUCCUCGUAAUAACUCAUUGCCACCAUAA